AACGCUCUGGCGAAGUUGUUGAGGCGGGUGAACCAAAAAAAAGGGAAAAUUCAACCGCUUCCAGUUAUCUCUCAGCUUGGAUACAUUUAUUUGAAAUAAUUGACCAGUGUGCACAGGGGAUUAUUGCAUUAAAAAUAAAUGAAAGCCCGCUAAUAAGGAAAUUGUUUUGAAAACUCGUUAGGAACCCAAGGCACGCACAGUAUGCGUUGCCCCGUGUAGAGCAAAUUGCGCAUACGCCACGUUGGACCGUGAAAAGGAUUUGGUAAACAUAUUGUUGCGAAAAAUCGCAUGCAGCAUUUUGAAUAAGAAAAUUGUUUGCACAUUUUCUGUUCGGCUUUGUGUCACCGAUUUGCAAAUAUUCAACCGGGAUUACCCAUAGCCAGCGAAAUGGACAUUGUCAUCCGUGAAGAGGAUAUUUCUCUGGCCCAGAUUGGCGUCUAUGCGUCGGUAUCCUUCCUGGUGGUUUCAGCUGUAGGGGCCGCUCUCUACACCACCUGCUCGAAACGCUAUCGCCUGAACUGGUUUGAACAGAAUCUUCUUGAGUCGGCCAACGAGAAGGAUGAAGAUCAACAAAGCAGGGAGGCUUUGGUAGCGGGUGCCGUGGGCUACAAUGUGGACAACAUAAACGAGGUGCCGCGUGGGAAAUUCAGCAGUGGCAAUGCCGGCAACCUCAGCCCCACAUCCUUAAAGAGCGAGGACAAUGACCCGGCCUUUUGGGUACCCGCUUCGGUCACCUCGACGGCUGCCAUCCAGCAACAGGUGUCCAACACUACCGAGGAGUCGGCCCCGCCCACACCCACUUCGCCCACCGGAAGCCUGAAGUCAAACACCCUGUCCUACUGCUCCACCACUUCAGUUCCCAUUGCCAGAUCCGAUAAGCAUGUGGUCCUGGCAAUGCACCCGAGUCGUCCAAGAGUUUCCUCCAUGAAUGCCAAAUUGGAUCACACGAAAAUUGACAUGACCCUGUAUAGAAGCCACUCUCAACCGAAGACCGUUAAUCCAGUUUCACUUAACGAAGUCCGCGGAAAUUUGCAUGUUAGCAUUGGCUAUGAUCCUGUGGGUGGCUUGCUAAAUGUUAGACUUCUGGAGGCUCAGAAUCUGCAGCCAAGACAGUACAGCGGAUCUGCAGAUCCCUAUGCCAAAGUGCGAUUGCUUCCGGACAAAAAGAAUUUUUGGCAGACGCGAAUACACAAGAGGACCUUGAAUCCAGUUUUCGACGAACAGUUUGUAUUCGAGGUCACAGCCGGAGUAAUUGACAAACGAACAGUGGAGAUUUUACUGUACGACUUUGAUGCCUAUUCUCGGCACGUUUGUAUCGGAGGAACCAAGCUACACCUGGCCAAUUUGGAUCUUGGUGAACAGUUGAAACUUUGGACACCCUUGAGCUCCGCCUCGGCCCAAGAUAUGAAGGUGGAUCUGGGAGACAUAAUGGUGUCCCUGGCCUAUUUGCCAUCUGCGGAACGUUUGAUGGUCGUCCUGAUUAAGGCCCGAAAUCUGCGAAUUGUGGACGAUGCUAGAAACUCUUCGGAUCCGUAUGUGAAAGUUACUCUUCUGGGUCCCGGGGGCAAGAAGAUGAAGAAACGUAAGACGGGUGUUCAAAGGGCCACGCUGAAUCCUGUUUACAAUGAAGCCCUCGCUUUCGAUGUCGCCAAGGAGACGCUGAAAAAUUGUGUAUUAGAAUUCACCGUGGUCCACGAUGGUUUAUUGGGAUCAAGUGAAAUUUUGGGACGCACUCUCAUUGGAAACUCUCCUGAAGUCCGCACCGAAGAGAAAAUAUUUUUUGAAGAAAUUUUCCGCGCCAAAAAUGCUACGGCCCAAUGGGUUCCACUGCAGGAACCGGCUAAUAACUUGGCCACCACCAAAAAUACGAAUAGCAAGAACUAGCUUCCACAGUUGCCGGCAGCUCUUGGUUCGUGUCUAAGUAAAAACGGCGGCGGUGGUUGUCUCGGAUAGGGGUUUAGCGUGAAGAAAGACCAUUUUUUUAGAACUGUGGAUGUAGCAAAUGCUCAAACCUAUUUCAUGCAUAUUUACUUUAAUAUCUUAUUUCGUUUAAAAAAUUGUACUUUUGCUUUUUUUUGUAAUGGUCGAAAAAAAUAUUGACAGGGUCAUACGAUCAACUAUCCAAAAGAUUAUUUUU